GAAUUUUGGCUCAAUGUCAUCAGUAAGCUCGAGACUGUAAAUAGUGUCAUUGAUAUCAAACUCCUAUCUGAUAGUCUUCCCAUCAUCAUUGAGCUUGCAAAGAAUAAGCCAUGGUGUGUCAGGCAGGCUAUCACAAAUAUAUCCCUCUUCUCACAACACAAUUCGAUAAGCCUUUCUUUGAUGAAUAGCUCAGGAACCUGUGCAUGUCCUGGUUGGGUGACACAGUCUUCAGUAUAUGUGAAUUUGCACCCAUGAACCUCAAGAAACUGACAGAAGUCUUCAAUGUUGAUUGGGCAAAGGUUCAGAUUGUCCCCAAGGUCAUGGAUAUGGAGUAACAUCCAAAUUACCUCUACAGGAUGACCACCAUGAAG